CCAAUCGAGAUGGGAAUCCUAGAAAUGUCCGCGGGCGGUGAAGGGUACAUCCGGAAGAGGAAGCGCGCGCCUGUUUGUGAAGGUUAGCUUCCGUUUUUCUCUGGGCCCGUUUGUUCUCUCGGCGGGCGGCGCGUGCUCUUCCGGCCUGCUGGCUUGCGGUGCCGUUGCUAUAACCGCCCUCCUCCUCAUCCCGCCGCCGCCGCCAUGACGGACCGCUACACCAUCCAUAGCCAGCUGGAGCACCUGCAGUCCAAAUAUAUCGGGACGGGCCACGCGGACACGACCAAGUGGGAGUGGCUGGUGAACCAGCACCGGGACUCCUAUUGCUCCUACAUGGGCCAUUUCGACCUCCUCAACUACUUCGCCAUCGCCGAGAACGAGAGCAAGGCCCGCGUCCGCUUCAACCUCAUGGAGAAGAUGCUGCAGCCGUGCGGGCCGCCCGCCGACAAGCCCGACGAGGCUUAAGCGGCCGAGCGCUUCCCCUGGCCGCCCCUCGUCGGUGGAAAGGAGAGGAGGAGGAGGAAGCCGGCCUGGCGGCCAAGGAGCGCAGCUGCCCCGGCCCUCUUCCCCCGCCGCCGCGAGUGGCCGACCAGCCCCUCCGUUCCCUGCCUGAGCCCGGCCUUCAAGUUGCUAUCUCUGCUCCACGAUGGACUCGGUUUCGACUCUCUGGGGCCUUCCCAGCAGAGAGGGGUGUGUGUGUGUGUUGUGGACUUCAUCGGCUUUUUCUAUCCCGAGGUGAACUGUGGAAACCCUGGGCGGCCUCUUUGGACGCUGCUUUGGCUCCCCGAUGGAAGCGGAGGCGCUGACGACGCUUGCUUUCAGGACUCGUGAGGGCGACUUUCCCGGCGAUUGUUUUUUUUGAAAGUUUUAGUGUCUUUGUCUAAUAAAUGAUGGGCGGAGUAUUUUCUAAA